GUGUAGGCGUGGUCAGACGGCGUCUGAGUGCAGGCGGCGACGUUCAUUCGCAUGCCGUCACGACUGCACCUCUACUGCAUCAGCUUCGUGGUCGUGGCAGUGGCCUCCGACUUCAGUCUGCUCGCACCGGACCAGACUGCCGACCUCUACAUGGAAAAGCUAUGUGGCGUCCAUCCACUCACCUCAGUUCUCGACAAAAUUUCAACAAAGCCCCUCACUCACCGAGAUAUUGUCAAGAUGUUAGCACGAAUAAGAACGAACUAUCCUAAGCUAUGGAAAGGGUACCAAGUAGCACUUACAAAAUACACCAACUGCAAACUGAUGCAAGGAGCUGGUACGCUGGGAUAGCAUACAGGCUCUUCCCUUAUAUUCUGUCUCAGUCUACAACUGGCUAUCUCUUCAAAAACGGAUGACGGCCUCUGCUAUCAUCAUAGAAGUGUCAGAACCAGCUUUAAUUUCGAAUACUGACUCCUAAUUCGGAAUUGUUAGCAACAGCUUUUCUAUUUAUCUUUGCUAGUGAGAAGAGCUAGGUGUCAUUGCGAGGUUGAAAUCACCCUAAAUCUCGUGAAACAAAGCGUUCCAUAUCUUCUGCAGCGCAUCUAAUCGUUUUGAACGGUGUACAUGUUGUUUAUCAUUUGUUUCAUUAUAUCGAGGCUGGAAUGAAGGCGUUUCCAC